GAUUGAAUGAACAAGUGACUUUAUUUUCUUUGCAGAUAUAUUAAAUUAUUAAAAAUGGGGCGCCGAUCGAUAAAUACCACUAAAAGUGGUAAAUACAUGAACCCGACUGAUCAAGCUCGCAAAGAAGCAAGGAAAAAAGAAUUAAAGAAAAACAAGAGACAAAGGCAGAUGGUGAGAGCAGCUGUACUCAAAAUGAAAGAUCCACAACAGAUUCUUGAAGAACUCCAGAAGAUUGAUGAAAUGGAAUACAAUGUAUUGCAACCAUCACCUCUGAAUGAGAAAGUGCUAAAAGAGAAGAGAAAAAAAUUGAGAGAGACUUUUGACAGAGUCCUUAAGAUGUAUGACAAAGAUGAGCCAGAAAAAUGGGUAGAGCUGAAGAGACAGGAGAUGGAAUACGAAAAGAGACGAGCCCUUUUGAUCUCAUACUACGAAUCAGUGAAACAUGCACAGUCUGUACAAGUUGAUGAUAUUCCAUUGCCUACUCUACAAGUGCCUGAUAACUUAAUUUACGGCAAUGUGCCUUCACAAAUACCUCUACCAAUGGACACAGGUCAUCCUAUAAUGCCUGUGAAACCUAUAUUGAAGAAAGAUUCUGCAUAUAAAGAACGACCAAUAGGAGCGGAGCCACCCGGUGUACCACCAGGUCCACCUCCGGACCUCGAGAUCCUACUUUUGGAGGCUAUCAAAUUAGACCGCAAGGAUAAAGAAAAGAAGAGUUUACGGUUUUCCGACAUGCCAGAUGGACCUCCGGGAGAAGCGCCUCCCCCACCCCAAGUGUGUACACAAGCGCCGCCCCUCGAGAACUUCGAUGGCGAAGCAAUCGAAGAUGACCGCCCCGGCUCGCCUCCUUCGGCCCCCGCCGCACCGAAGCCGACGUCGCUGCAGCAAAGGAUGCUGGCCUUAUCGGGACAGAACAUUGACGACUUUAUGAAGGAAAUGGAAGAGGUCCACAGGAAACGAGAAAGAGAUCGGGCUGCUGAUUUGAAUGCGAGGUUAAGCGCCCUAAAACGCAGUACGCCAGGAGGUCGCGACACGGACUCAGACAGCGACAACGAAGGGCCUCCGCCGGCACCGGCGCCGCCCGUACUGCCACCACCGCAGCUGCCACCACCGCAGCUGCCGCAACCGCAGAUGCCGCAAAUGCCGCAGGAGUUCGGUCUCGAGCCACCCGGGGCAGAAAUGAGGCAGAUGCCUCCACCUCUUCUACCGCCUGGUCUCCGACCACCGCCACUUCGAGCGCCUCUAGGCCCACCACCACUACGCAUGCCCCCGGGUCCCCCAGCAGGACGUCCGGGGGCGCCACCUGGACCUCCACCAGGCCUCCCACCUGUAGCUAUGCUGCGUCCUCCGGGUCCUCCUCCAGGAGCCCCACCGCGGUUAUUGCGCCCCUUGGUGCCGCCACCGCCGCCUAAGUCUUUGCCACCACAAGUUUCUGUAUUGUCUGCCGCACCGCAACUUAUUUCUAAGAAGGAUGGUUCUCAAGGAGCUACAAUAAGCGCCAAGCCGCAAAUAAGAAACCUGUCGGCUGACGUCACACGCUUCGUGCCCUCGGCUUUACGCGUGAAAAGAGAGGACAAAAAGGCCAAACCGAUCAAGACUAUCUUACAACGUACGGCCGAUUUACCCAAACAAGCUCCUAGCAAAGACGAUGCGUACAUGCAAUUUAUGAAAGAAAUGGAAGGAUUAUUAUAAGAGUUAUUUUAUGAUGUGAGUCAAUAGGAAAUAAAGGUAUAUUUUAAGUAGCAUUUUGUU